GGGACAGGGACCCGGCUGCGGGCACGCAGGAGCGGCAGUCGGGGCCCGGGGGCCCGGGGGCAGGGCUCGGCCCCGCGCUCCUCCCUGCGGAGGCCGGCGGGACCGCUCGGGACCUUCCCCGCGGAGAGGGGCGGGGGCAGCCCGCGGGGAGCCCGUGCGCGCUCGGCCGGGUGAGCUCCAGGCGGAGCCCCGGGAGCCGGGCUACUUUUCAGACUAGACGCGGGGUCAUUCGGCGGGAGACACGGGCCUAGCAAUUCUGCUGGAGCCAACGAAUCAGAAGGAAGUCACGCCUGGGCUUUGUUUCAUUGACACUAGCGGAAAGGUAAAGACGGAAGGAAGGAAUCCACACAGACCACUGAACGAGCCCAGCGAGCGCCCAGUAGCUCCGUCCGUCCGCGCUGGGAGCCCGGACGGCCCGAAGCAUUUGCUGAAUUCACGGUGCUCUGCAAUCGCGAGGACCGCCCUAAUUAUUUUCUUCGGGCUCAUGCACAGUGAAUGCACCUAAAGGGACACGGAAAAGUUGCUACAAGUUAGGAACAUGGACUUGCAAGCCAAAUAAACAAACCAUGGGACCAUCAUCUUUACUACAGAGGAUGGGAAGUUGAUGGCCAGUAAGAUUGAAGAUCCAUUCUGUUCCUAGACACCCCUGCCCGCAUCACAGAACUGUGGAUUGCCUGCCGUUCCCCGGUGGUUGCACACCUUCACUCACUCCUGCAAUCCCAGAACAGUUACUUUGGGUCCUCUUUGCCCUAUCUGUUGAAACAUGGCAUCCAGCCUGACUUGUACCGGGGUGAUCUGGGCUUUGCUCUCCUUUCUUUGUGCUGCCACCUCCUGUGUGGGGUUCUUUAUGCCUUACUGGCUCUGGGGGUCACAGCUGGGCAAGGCUGUGUCCUUUGGUACUUUCCGGAGGUGCUCCUACCCUGUGCAUGAUGAGAGCCGGCAGAUGAUGGUGAUGGUAGAGGAAUGUGGGCGCUAUGCCUCCUUCCAGGGCAUCCCCAGUGCAGAAUGGAGGAUCUGUACCAUCGUGACAGGCCUGGGCUGUGGCCUCCUCCUCUUGGUGGCUCUCACUGCCCUCAUGGCUUGCUGUGUGUCGGAGCUCAUCUCGAGGACCGUGGGAAGAGUGGCUGGAGGAAUUCAGUUUCUGGGGGGCCUGCUGAUCGGCGCUGGCUGUGCCCUCUACCCCUUGGGCUGGGACAGUGAGGAAGUCCGGCAGACUUGUGGCUACGUCUCUGGCCAGUUUGACCUGGGUAAGUGUGAGAUUGGCUGGGCCUACUAUUGCACGGGAGCAGGUGCUGCCACCGCCAUGCUGCUGUGCACAUGGCUGGCUUGCUUCUCAGGCAAGAAACAGAAGCAGUACCCAUACUGAGAUGGAGCCACCAAGAAUAAACAGAGGAGAAGAUAAACCGAAGGGGUCUGGAGAGAACGAACAUCCAGCUACUUUAAAAGGUGGAAUAGUGGUUCUCUAAUCCAUACAGUGCAAAUGAAAUGAAACCCAGUGGUAUGAUAAACAUUAUGUAAUGUCAGAGGGUUAUGCAAGAUUUACAAAAGAAAUGGCGAACAUGGAAAAAUAGAGAAAAAUGGACCAAAGGCUAAAAAUAUUGCAGGGUGUUGAGUAUUUCUAUUCCACAGAGUAUUGUUAAUGUAGAUCACAUACACACACAGAACAAACCUAUAUAUGCAAACAAAAGCUUUGUUUUUUUUUUUUUUUUUUAAAAAAGACGAGGACUCAGAAAAUUAAAAGGGCUAGUAGAAACAGUAUUAUGUUGGGAAGCAGGGUAACCCACAGAUGUUCCCUGUAGGUCAUGGCACUUCUGAAAGCACAUAGAGUCGAGUCAUGCGCAUCCACACACAUGCCCACACACAAACAUAGACAUUGUUGCACAGAUUGUAUGGGAGGUUUAGCAAUGCAUUACUCCUCUGUUUUCUUUUUAAUGUACACUUAAAAUACAGUAUUAUCACUUUAUAAAGCAUACAUUAAACCUAAUAAAUGGACCAAUAAGCCACUCUAUCAGUAUUUUGUAUAUCCUGCAUAUGCAGACAUAUAGAGUUAAGCCUUUGUAUUUCAAUAUUAUUCAAAAAUAUUCAAGAUCUCUUUGAGUAGCUUCUGCUAUGAUAUUCUUAUGAAGUAAAGAGGCAACUUCCUAUCCACUGUAGGAGAGAAUUCAGUUGAAGGAGUGAGAGUAAUGAGAGACAUUUUCCAUUCAUUAGAUCUUGCUUUCUUUUGUUCAUUAUUGUACUGUGCUGUACCACAUUUAUUUCAGUAUUCAUUUUGUAUUAAAAAAUUUUAAAGUGCUAUUUUGUUUGUAUUUGAAAAACUCUGUGAAUAAAUUCUCUUUGAUCAAUAAACGAGCCAUGAAGUGUUAA